AUGCCUAGUGGGUAUCGGGAUGUGAAGCUGAACCCCCUCGUGAAGGAGCACUUGUGUGAAAUUCAGCUGCACCUCCGCGAGUUCUUCGCAUUGAAAGGCGGCCAGCACGCCGUAUACGAGUGGGCGCGGGAGCUCAACGAUAGUAUGGAAACUGACGGUGAACACCUGAUCGAGAAUCUGUCCCCCGAGGUUACGAAGGAGAUGAUGCGCCUGGCCGGGGAGAACUGGCGUGAAACUGGGUACCUUCUACAGGACCUCCAGCUCGAUGCUGGGCAAUACAAUCUGGCGGAGAAGAGCUUCCGAGAGGUAGCUAUGGGAGAUAUAGUUCCGAGGUCUUUCCUUGUGUACGCACAAUUUUUCUGCGUUGGAGCACCACUUCAGUAG